GGAGACUUUGCUUCAUACUGGGAAGAUGUCCGGUUUAUUGCCAUUUCUGGGAAACGCAAAUGUGGCAAAGACUACUUUGCUACUAUUCUCCGCAACGAGGUUCAGGAAAGAUUGGGCCAAACUGCCUCCAUCAUUCACAUUUCAGGGCCAAUCAAGCGUGCCUUUGCCGAGGAGCAUCAUUUGGAACUGCAGGAACUGAUGUCUUCGUCUGCUUACAAGGAGGAUUUUCGUCGUCAAAUGGUACGAUGGGGAGAGGCGCUUAGGAGAAAGGACCCCACUGUUUUCUGUCGCAAAUCUCUCGAGUAUCUUAUUAAAGAUUCCUUUUUCAAACCCGCCUUCGUAAUAGUGGCAGAUUGUCGCCGACCCACCGAUCUGGAAUAUUUUUCCAGUCUCAACAGAGACUUUCCUUUGUUGCACCUGAGAGUUUCUGCAUCUCCUGUAACUCGGAGGGCGCGUGGCUGGAUUUACACUUCAGGAAUCGAUGACGCCGAGACAGAGUGUGCACUCGAUAAGGCUCCCUUCGACGUUCUUGUUGUAAAUGAGUCGCAGCGAACCCUGAACCUCUCCAUGGCUCUUGUUCGAAGGGCUCUAAGUGACAACCCCCUCCGAAAAAUGAUGACAAUCUGA